UACUUCGCUUAAAUGAAUAAAGACGAAAGUAUUCGAAAAAACGGGUCAAGUGUGAAAAGCAACAUUCAACAGGAAGCGCUUGGACCUGUCGAAACGAAUGACUCAACAGCAGAUAUGGAACAGGAUAGAGGUACAUCUAUGAGGAAUGUAGACAACGGUUUUCCAUCUGGUCAUAUUGAAGAAUCUCUGUCUUCAGUUGCCCCAAGGCCAAGGGGUUAUCAUAGUACACAGUUCCUUACACAAGAAGAAACUAUUUCUGAGUCAGAAUCGAAACCAAUUUCUUAUAAACAGGCUUGUGUGGAACUUUCAAAGCAGGGUUCAACGAAUGAGGUUUCCAUUCAGUGGGGUUCAAAGCAAAAUAGUCGUAAAACACUGGUCUACCAAGCAGUCCCAGCAUUUUCACCUCGAAACCCGAAAGUGGAUGCCUUGGAGAAGACGAUAGACGAUAGACUUUUGACAGCUACUCGACUUGUAGCGACAGUCCCGUGUAAAACAAGGAUGUUCGAUGAACUUCUCAAGCAAAGUCCUGUCACUGCAGCGGACUUUGAAUUCAGAAAUGAAAACGUCUUUCUAAAGGUGCUGGAACAGAUAGAAAGUUCUGAGAAGCACUAUUUUGCAGAAAAUUCUAUGGUUAUGAGAUUAGAUCUUUUUCAGGUCUCGCAACUUGAGAGCAAAAUGGCACAGGAGGCGUGGUAUGGAGCGUUCACCAAGUUUAAACAAAUUGCCAUCGUCACUUCAGUAUCAGAUAUCGUGAAUGCAUGUCACUGGCUCCAAGUUUGCCAUUCUGGCAAAAAGUGUUUAUCUCCAACACUCUUUUUAUGGGCACAGUAUAAAGGAAAUUGUCAAGUUUUAAACGCCUUGUUUCGAGAAUUCGACCCGAUAUACUUAUAUGUAAACCUUCAUAUACUGAAGGAAAAAGGAGUAGACUCUUUAUUCUACCAAAAGCUGAAUGACUGCAAACAUCUACAUUGUUUGGUGGUGAAUGAUAUGACAAUUUCUUUAAGAGAACUUGACAACAUUCUAAAGUGUUCGUCCUCAGUCUUUGUGGGCUACCUUUCAAGUAAAAUGAUCUCCAAAGAAUUGGAAAAGGUUAAAGUGAGUUUGCAGAACAAUAUGAAAGAGGUACAUUUGAUUACGUCAGAGUUAUGCUAUCAUUUGCAGCAGACUCCUAAUAAUGACUUUAAAGAAUAUUGGAGUUUUUCUAAAGACUUUGGAACAAGACUUUGUUUCUAUCCUGACAAAGUAAAGCUAGAAUUUGCAUGUAAGGCUUUACAAGCAAACUCUACAUUAGAAAUUCUAGAUAUUGAUAGCUGCAAUAUGAAUUCUGAUGACGCAAAAAAGUUAUCAGAGGCGUUGAAGAGAAAUUCUACCCUGGAUAAUCUAUGCAUAGGUAUUAACAAGAUCAAUUCUGAAGGAGCAAGAUAUAUAGCAGACGUAUUGAAAAUGAAUUCCACACUCACAAAAUUAUCUAUUUAUGGUAAUAAUAUUGGUUCUGAAGGAGCGAGAUAUUUAUCUGAAGCAUUGAAAGUAAACUCUACAUUAAAAAUGCUCUGUAUGGGUCGCAAUAAUAUAGGUUCGGAAGGAACAAAGUAUAUUUCAAAUGCUUUGAUGCACAACUCUACCCUGACCGAAUUAUGUAUCUAUGGUAACAACAUAGAUUCCCAAGGAGCCAAAUAUUUAUCUGAAGCCUUGAAGGUGAACUCAGGUUUGAAAACAUUUCGUCUUGGUCGCAAUUCAAUUGGUUCUGAAGGCGCAAUGGUUCUGUCCAAGGCACUGGAAAGAAAUUCCACAUUGACAGAGUUAUAUAUUUAUGCCAAUAAGAUUGGCCCUGAAGGAGCGAAGCAUUUGUUUGGAGCAAUGGAAAGACAUUCCAAGCUGACAACAUUGUGUAUCGGUAUUAAUAAUAUUGGCCCAGAUGGAGCUAAAGCCUUAUCGGAAGCUUUACAAAGAAACUCCUCGUUAGAAACAUUACAACUUUAUGCAAAUGAAAUCGGCUCUCAAGGAAUGAAAUAUCUGUCAGAAGCAUUGGAAAUCAACUCAGCACUGACGACAUUCCUCAUUGGCUGUAAUGAUAUUGGCAAUGAAGGGGCAGGACAUCUUUCUGAGGCAUUAAAAACAAAUUCUACGCUGAAGGUAUUGUAUAUUUAUGGCAAUAAUAUAGAUGCAACUGGAGCAAGAUACUUGUCAGACAUGUUGCGAAGAAAUUUAUCACUGAUAAAAAUGCAUAUAUAUGGAAAUUCUAUCGGUUCAGAAGGAUUCAAUGCUCUGGUGGAAGGACUCAAAGAAAAUUAUACCAUGAAAGAACUUUACAUUAAUAUCAAAGACGAUAGCAUUGGUUCAAGAGAAACGUCCUUGAUAAGGGAGUUAUUGCAUCGAAAUAAUUGUCUUAGUGAUGAAGUCGAUUCACCGAUUUCUUUCACGCAGGAAGAAGAGCAAAUGAUUAUGGAAAGACGCAAAAAAUUGGAUCUGCCAACACAACAAGAUCACGACGCUGCCUGUAAAGCUGCCUUUUUGUUGAUAUCUUAUCUUCAGCAUCGACGCAAAUUAUGUCUAAUUGACAGUAAUGAACCGAAUAAUGCAUCACCGUCUGAUUCUUUAUUAAAGCCAUUAUUUCUGAUGGAUCCCACCGAUUUACCGAAUGUGCGAGCUCAAGAAGAAUGUUUCUUGUCAGAAACACAUUCCUAUCGUUGCGGCAUUUGCUCCUUUGUUUGUCUCUAUCCUUGCUGCUCGGACAACUGUUCGCAUAUUUUUUGCAAAGUUUGCAUAACGAGAAGGCUCGAUGAAAAUAAAAGCUGUCCUCUUUGUGAAACUCCAUGUGAGUCUUGGAGACAGGUUCCGGUUAUUGAUAGUAUGAUUCGUCAUUUAAUUGUUGAUUGUCCCUUAAAAUGCGGUUGGCAAGGGCUGCUUUCUGUUUACGAUAAUUGUCAUCAAAUGGAAUGCAUUCAUCAAAAGGGAAGGUGCAAUUUGUGUGGUUUGGAAAUGGAACUUGGACAGUUUACGAACAUACAUUUGGUUGAAAGUGAUUGCCGUAUACCAUGUCGUUACUGCAACCAAGUUAUCGGUGCACCACUCAUGGAAGUGCACGAACACUAUGAAUGUCUACUGGCUCCCUUUCAAUGCUCUCUUUGUCAAAAAAUAUUGACAUGGAAGGAUAGUUUAAAUCAUUCGAAUACAUGCUGUGGCUCCAUUCCAGCUUUUAUGGUACAUGUUGAGGGUGAUCUGGUUUCCGAUACUUGUGUUUAAAUUGUUGGUUAAUGUCAAAGUAUUAGAAACAAUUCGUUGUGGAUUUGAAAAACUCAAUAAUUCAAGUAAAUCAUUUGUUCAAUUGCGAGAUAAUGGAUACAAAAGCUGAAAGAAUUAUUGUUGGAACCAAUCAUCCUUGAACAAAUAUACUGAGAAGAUAAACUGGAGACAACUAGGAUUAUCUACUUGGUAUUUGACAUGACUGAGGUAAAUAUUUGUAACUAGCCUUGUUCAAAGUACUUUGGAAGCAAAAAACAACUUCAGACGUCAUAUCAACAAAAACUUUGUAUUAAAUCUAUAAGUGAAAAAUCUACCCGAGAAUCUACAGACACUUGACAGGUUGAUAGUCUUUGUUGACAAAUGUUUUUAAUUCCAGCAAUUGAGCUUCUCUCAUUGCGCCUAAGCUUUUUGAUGACUACCGUGUUAUGGUAGAUGCUGUUCCUGAUUGAAAGCUUGAAUAAUUGGUCCACUUGAAAAUACGACGAGAUAAAAGAAUAACAAUCAGUGAUUCAGGUGGCCGUUUCAACUCCUUGCAAAGGUGGCUGCUUGACGGAGUCUUUGUCACAGCUGUUUGUGUGGCAUCGACUUGAAGCAAGAGAAGAUCACAAAGUGCCUUCAAAGUGAGGAAGUCUAUUAAGGCAAUAAAAACCUCAAUAAUAGG